GGGGCCAGCUGGAUUUUUUUUUUCUGCAGAGUAUGGAACAGAACAGCGCUGAGUCUCCUUCACUGUCUCAGCUCUUCAGGGACAGCUACCUGGCUGAGGCCAGAGCCCCGCAGCGCCACAGCGAGACGAGUCUCUCCGACUCUUCUUCAUCACGCCUUCUGCUCUACGGCUCACUCAAAGGCAAAGCUGAAGACACCGUUUGCCGCAAUGACCCACAAUUCCCAGAUCUGUCGGCAUUCCUCAGUCAAGAGGAGCUGGAUAAGAGUGUCAACCUGGCUCGUCAGGCCAUUGGACACGAGCCUCGUGAUGAGAGGGUAGGGGUCCCACCCCCUCUAAAGUCUUUACACAACCCCUUCGCAGUGCCCUCCACCAUUUCCUCAUUGCCAGUUACAUUUUCUGCACCCACGUCUUUCCCGUUUAACCCGUCUCCUGCCGUGUUUGCUGCUACCUCCACACCUUCCUUCACUCAACAAGUGCCUGAUUUCAGUGGACUGCCGGCAACACACACGUCAUCCUCAGAGGAGCGAAAGAUGUGCAAAUCCUCCUCACGACAGGACGGCGUGAUAAGAACCAUCAGGGACUCCGGUGAAGGUUACAAUGACUUAAACAGGCCAACAAGGAAUGCCCCAUAUGGACUAGAAACCCAGUCCAAGAAAGAGUUCCUCAACAAGGCCGCAGAUUUCAUUGAGGAGCUGUCCUCUCUCUUCAAAGCCAACACCUCCAAACGAGUACGGUCAAGAGUGUGCAAAGCCCACAGGAGUCAGGUCCAGAGCCACAAUGACGGGAUAGUCUAUGGCCUCAGCCCGGACAACAAGGAGCAUGCUGUCAUGUCCCGAGAGGUGGAGAGGGAGAGACCCAUCCCUGCUGUUAGCCACCAACCAGAGGUCCUGCUGGACUCUGGGACUGGACACGUGGAGUUUCAGGACUGCAGGAUUAAUGAGGAGCAGCAGUAUGAUUCAGUUUCCCAGGAGGCUGAAGAGCCUGAAAGCUCUGCCUUGAAGGAUACGCUCUUUCCAGCAGAGCCUGUGAGUGGACCUCCUCAUUUCACCCAAAAACUGAAAAGCAGGGAGGUUCCAGAGGGCAGCAAGGUCCAGUUAGACUGCAUUGUUCAAGGAUUCCCGGCACCUGAAGUCCGGUGGUUUUGUGAAGGCAAGGAGCUGGAGAACAGUCCUGACAUUCAGAUCAUCGCCAAUGAUGAGCUGCACUCUCUAAUCAUCACAGAGGCAUUUGAAGAAGACACCGGGCGCUACUCCUGCUUUGCAUCAAACUGCUAUGGAACGGAUUCAACGUCUGCUGAGAUCUACAUUGAAGGCGCCUCCUCUUCAGACUCUGAUGGAGAACAGCGCACAGAACGUGUAGCCCAGCUGCCGUGGAAACUGACAAAGCCAGUUCCAUCUUGUCCUCCGCUGUCAAAGUGUGAAGUGAAACACUCCAUCCCACCACAGCCUACAGCAGCUACUGAAGAACUAGCAUCAAAGCUUUCCUCACUACCCCCCGAAGUCCCAGAACCUCCUCCGUUGGUCACCACACAUCCAGACCAGGAACUCUCUCAAGCAUCAGCCACAGCGCACCGAUCUCAGGAGACACCUGUGAUACCUGUCCAGGAGUUUCCUACGGUGCCAACAGGUUGUCUUAAGGACACCUCUGAGGUGUUGAAGACCAUCUCUUCAACACCACAAGUAAAACCUCCAGCUGUAACCAUCAAGAAGAGGUGA